AUGCAUUUACCGCUACGUAAAUGCUACCAUGUGAUUAAAUUGGGUAUAGUUUUAGUGUUAAUUCUCACAAUUCUCACUUUAUUUGAACAAUGGCGCGGUGGUAAACGUUCAACACGCGCUCAGGAAUUAGAGAUGGUUCAAGAUGAAUUUGAAAAACAAAUUUUGGAGGAUGAAGCACGAAUAAUUCCAGGGCUUGGCGAAGGUGGCGUAGCAGCACAUUUAGUCGGGGAAGCAAAACGCCUUGGGGAAGAAUCUGAAAAAGCGCUGGCUAUAAACGUUUAUCUGAGCGAUCGUAUCGCAUAUAACAGAACUUUAAGAGAUUACCGUAAUCCAGCAUGCACUCGUGUUCUCUACGACGCGGAGCUUCCGUCAGCGUCGGUGAUCAUAAUUUUUCACAACGAGCCGUAUUCUGUCGUUGUCCGGACGAUAUGGAGCGUUGUGAACAGUGCGCGACGAGACCAACCCUGGUAUCGACACGCCAAUUUUGUGGAUAGGGCCAGUGGAAAAACCAUGAAUUUAGGGUACCCUGGGCAAGACCCCACAUCACCAUUUGUAUAUCUAAAGGAAAUCAUACUGGUGGAUGAUAAUUCGACGCUGCCGGAACUGAAGGGGAAACUAAGCCACUAUAUUCGAACCAGACUGCCGCCUGAUCUCAUUCGAGUACUAAGACUGCCAGAUCGCGUGGGUCUUACGAAAGCACGACUGGCUGGCGCUCGGUACGCCGUGGGCGAUGUACUUGUCUUUCUGGACGCUCACUGCGAAGGUCAACCGGACUGGCUCCGUCCAAUGUUGCAGCGUAUCAAAGAUUCCCCGAAGAGCGUUGUUGUACCCAUCAUUGAUGUCAUCGAGUCCGGCAAUUUCUACUAUAGUGUGCAGGACCCGGAGGUGUUUCAGGUAGCAAGAUGCUUCCACAGGCAAGGUCUCAUGCGUGCUCGGAUGACAGGCGCCAGGGCAGCAAGAGGAGAUGUUCUCAUAUUUCUGGAUGCCCAUUGCGAAGCUGGAGCUGAUUGGUUACGACCACUUCUGCAACGAAUCCGGCACAAAAGAGAUGCGGUGCUAACGCCGUUGAUCGACGUAGUCGAUCAGACGACUUUCCAGCUGGACGCUGCUGAGCAUUUUCAGGUGGGAGGGUUUACUUUUAUGGGGCACUUCACCUGGAUAGAGGUGCCGGAAAGAGAGAAAAAACGACGAGGGUCUGACAUUGCACCCACGUGGUCUCCAACAAUGGCUGGUGGACUAUUCGCAAUGAACCGGGCGUAUUACUGGGAGCUCGGCGCCUACGACGAACAGAUGGCGGGCUGGGGAGGAGAGAACCUUGAAAUGUCCUUCCGUAUUUGGCAAUGCGGAGGUACGCUAGAAACGAUACCGUGCUCUCGUGUAGGUCACGUGUUCCGAAGCUUCCACCCGUACGGACUACCGGCGCACACGGACACGCACGGAAUUAACACAGCACGAAUGGCGGAGGUGUGGAUGGAUGAUUACGCCGAACUCUUCUAUUUACAUCGACCGGACUUACGUAAUAACCCCAAGAUCGGUGACGUCACACACCGUCGAAUCUUGCGCGAGAAACUCCAGUGCAAGAGCUUCCAGUGGUACUUGGACCACGUGUACAAGGAGAAGUUCGUGCCCGUGCGCGAUGUGUACGGCUUCGGACGAUUUACAAACCCGUCUAGCGGUCUCUGCUUGGACACACUGCAGAGAGAAGGCGAAGCGUCUCCAUUGGGCGUAUACCCCUGCCACGAUACGUUGCAGGCCACACAGUACUUAUCUCUGUCUCUCUCCGGUGAACUACGUGAUGAAGAAAAAUGCGCAGAGUUGCAGUAUUCCAGACGGAAUCCAGACGAAGGUGGCGAAGGUGAAGGCAGAAAAGUGCUUAUGGUGACGUGCCAUGAAAAAGACCGUGGUCAGAAAUGGCGCUACCUGAGCAGCAAGCAGCUGCAGCACGUGGAGUCGCAGCUGUGCCUGGAGGCGGGCCCGCAGCCCGGCGCGGACGUGGCGGCGCGCCCGUGCCGGCGCGACGCGCCCGCGCAGCGCUGGCGCAUCGACUACAGCGAAGACAACGACUUCCGAGCUACCAACGAAGUGGAACCUAGCGAGCAGGAGCUGAGGCUGCAACGGCUAAGAGGACAGCGCCGGAUGUCCCGUUCGCUUCUCUCGUAUGAGCCAGAUAACGAAGAAAAGGUUUCGCGAAGAGCUCACGUCAAGGCGAAGCGGCACGGUAAGAAAUCAAAGAAGCGAAGUAAAAAAAAGCAAACAAAGAACAAGUUCAUCCUCAAACUGGUCCGCUCUGCGACGAAUGGCACAGAAGAACACUUGGAGGUCGACAUACACUGCAAACAUCAGAAAUUAUAUCCGAAUAAUACCUUCGUGAGAGAUCUUGUGACGAUCCUCAAUGACAAUAAUAUUAAGGUAAUUAACAACGGCCGCAUCUUCGAGCGCAACAAGGUUACAGACCUUGGCAAAGAUCAGAAAGUGGAGAAAGUUUUGCAGAAGAUGGACCUCAGAGGAUCUUCAGUGGACACAUUCACGUCCAACAUUGUUACUCCGACUGUGAUAUUGCCGCAGAGUGAAGUGAAACUGGCCCCAAUAAUGCAGCAGGUUGAGAAACAUCCAUGGCGUGCUGGGAAAAAAUUUACAUCUGAUAGACUCCGUGCGGACACUCUACCUUUGGAUGCCAUAGGAUCCCUUAAUGUGGAAGGCAACGGUGUAAAUGAUCCCAUAUCGGAACCGCCGUCACAGAACAAGAUCAUCGUCGAAGAGUUUGUUGCAGUGAAACCACUGUCGGCCAACACUGAACCACCACAGCUUGUAACAAAGAAACGCAAACGUCGACGCAGACGGACAACACCCGCUCCGCAAUUCGAUGUGGACGACAUUGAGGACACGCCGCUCCUCGAUUUUAAACCCAGGGCAACCCUGCAGCAGUGGGAAGAUGAUUCUGAAAAGGACGAUAAAGCAGUAUCAGCAGAGGAUAAGGAUGGCUCCUUGAUGAUAAGCGUGGAAAGUGAACAUCACACGUCGUCUGGGUCGUCACAAUCGCACGGUGGUCCUACAGUGCUGAUCCAGAGGUUGCAACGUGCGCGCCCGCACUCACACACACACGAACAAACUAAUGCACGUUCAAAAGAAUAUUCUUCGCACAAAUCGGUGGCCGCUAAACCACGCCCACACAGUCGUAACAUCGACAAGUCGCCGGUGAAGGUGGUGAUGAAGAGCAACCUCACGUUUAAUCUUGACGAUGGGUUCUUCAAUUGGAGGCGGAACGCCAAAGAUGUUUCGAAUUUACUCAACGAGCUAGGAAUAAAACUGACCACAUCGCGUAUCGUGCCGCCUAUUCAAACCUGGAGGAAACCUGUACGAGUUGGUAGUGAAUUGCCAAUGACUGGCAACGUAAUAUCCCAGCCGUCAGCAACGAAUGACGCGGAAGACAAUGAGUCCUCAGGCACAUAUGAGAGUGCCAGCAAGGAGACUUAA